CUCGUAGACAGGCAGCGGAGCGGAGCGGGACAAGAACGGAAGGACUGUAGCCUAUACUCAUGACUGCCUAGUAUCCAUAUCCAGGAACAGACCUGGCUCUUCACUAGCUGAUCCACAUUUCCCACAUCUACAACAAAUACAAAAACACCAACAUGAAACCCAAAUCCAUAAUGACAACCGCCGCCCUCGCCCUCUCAACCCAAGCUACAGCUACACCAACAUCCUGCUCCACCGUCUCCCAAGUGACACUUACCUUCUACGGAUGGCCUGAUAAUGAUCCACCUAGCGCGGAGAUAGCAUAUGACUGUGGACGGGGUAAUAAAGCUGGCGGAAACGGAACAUACGACAACCCUCUAACGGCUGCAAGUGCACCGGGUGAGUUUGAUAAAUGCGAGAUUGCUUAUCUGCCGUAUAUUCAGAGAUAUGUACGGAUUGAGGAUACAUGCGCAACGUGCAGUAUGUUGCCCUUCCCAUUGCAUGCUAACAAAGCAGCCACGAACUGGAAUAAAAAGCAACACCACAUCGAUAUCUGGAUCGAAUCAAUAGAGUCUGAUGAUGGAGGAAAGGUAAUGGACUGUGAGAAUACGUUGACGCCAAAACAUGGGAUUCGAGUAAUUCGGAAUCCGGGAGAGAAGCUUAGGGUUGUUGGUAUGUCUCCGGGCUCCGCAUACGGAGGUAGAUAUAUAUAGUAUGGAUGCUAACAAUGUUUAGAGGAACCGUUAUAUCUGGAUGGAAAGUGCUAUAUCGAGCUUGCAGGGUAUAGCAAUACGGAGUCUUGUGCUGAUGCUGGUCCUCUUGGUGUCGGGGAUGAGAAUGAGCAUGAUCACGAACAUCAUAAACAUGAAGACGACAAUGACGAUGAAACGACGUCCUCAGCAAAAUCUAUCUACGGCUCAAUCCGGGAUUCUAACCUUGGAUUUCUCAUGCUCGCUGUUGCUUAUUUCCUUUUUCAGUAACGAACAGGGUAUCUAGCUUAUACUUGCUUAAAUGAAUGCGAGAUCGGUUUCAUGUAUAAGUCAAGUGAUAUAGAUCGACUGC